UUUAUUGUUAAAAAAUUUCCUUACCUCAUAAAAAUCACUCAACAGCAGCAGCAAAGAAAACAAGGAAAUUUGUUAAAAAAUUAAUUGAAAGAAAAUUAUUUGAAAAAAGUGCUAAAGAAUAAAUAAUAACGUUUUUAUGGCAAAACUAAAGUGUUGAUAAUUUUUUAACAAGAAAAAUCAAUGAGCACUAGGAAAAUAUUAAAAUAAACUUUAAAGUUUAUUGGCAACAAGAAAUUAUAUGGAAAUACUUAUUUAAAUGAAAAGAAAUUAAAUGAUUAAUUAACAAAAAGAAAGAAGUGCCGUAAAAACGAAGCAAGCGAAAGAAAUUUUUCAAACAUUUUCUUUGUUGCAAAACAGCAGCAGCAGCAGCAGUAGCAACAGAAAGAAAAUUGUUUUCCCCAAAUCAAAUUGUGAUAUUUUAUAAUUUUAAAUACUUGCUUUAUGUUUUAUUAAACAUCAUUAUCAUCAUCAUCAUCAAACACAAAAACAACAACAAAAAACAUUAAUUAAUACUACUACUAAAUAUAAUCGACUUAAUUAAUUGUUUUAAUUUGAAUAAAUGAACAUGGAGGUGUUAUCCGUACAAAAUCAAUAUCCAGCUCAUUUUGCUCUAGCUACAGAUUGGAAGAGUCAACUAACAUUAUCCACACCCACAAAUGGCGGUUCCUUGAAAUCUCAGCCGUCGUAUAAAUUUACCAGUAACCCGUUUAAGCCACAUCAUCACAUCAAUCAUCCACAUCAUCAUCAUCAACGGAAACAACAAAAUUUAAAAACCUCUAAUAGUGUUAAAUACACCUCCAACUCCUCAAACAAAUUAAACUGUGAUACAAUAAAAACAACAAAAACUACAACAACAACAACAGCGUCUAAAACAAUAAUCACCAAUAAAUCGCUACAAACACAAGCUGUCCAAGAAUUAUCAUUGCGUUUAUUGGAUAAACUGCGUGCAGCCAAAUCACAACAUUUGGCCUGUACCGAAGUAUCGCUACCCUGUGAUCUCACACCACGCAUAGCGUUGGAAAUUUUACGUUUAGCCCGUGAAGAAACCAAUGGUUUACGCGAUUGUACCAUCUAUAUCGAAUUCGAAGAUGAGCCGAAUAAUUCUAGGCGCAUAGCCACACUCGAUUUGAACAAUCAACGCUCUGGCAAUACAGGCUAUGAAAUCUAUGUCACCCUUAGCCAGGAUCAUCGCGGCUGGACUGCGUUAUUGCCACAAUUCAUGAAGAAUUUAUCGCGUACCAUAACCAUAAGUCCUGAGUUUAAUAUAACCAAACAUCGGCCAUACUCUAAGAGUUUGUGUUAAACGGAAAUAAAUAGGUAACAAAAAGAAAAUUUAAAACAAGAAAUUUAAAAGCAAAUAAUAUUUAAAACAAAAACAAUUUGGUUGGCAUAUAAAAUAUCAUCAUUAAAAAAAUAAUAUAUAUAUACAAACUUACAUUCAUACUAACUACAUACAUAAAUAGAUAUUUCUUGAUAUAGAAAAGCAUAUAACGAAAUAACUUAUUCUCAUACAAAAACACUCUAACACACAUACACACACACUCACACACUCUAAAGACCAAAAUGUUAAAGUAAAAUUAUUAAAAAAAAACAAAAAAGAACCACCCACCUUUUUAGAUUUCUACUUUUAUUAGUAAAAGCUGAAAAAAAACUUUAAAAAAUAACUCAACGAAACCCACUAAAAUACCAACCUGUUUUUAAACAAAAGAAAAUUUCUUAAUUUUUUUUGUUAAAAUUUCUCUCAGAAAAAAUUUUAUAAUUUUUUUUAUAGGAUUUUAGGCUUUUAACAAAUCUCAUUGAUACAUUUGUUCAAAUUAGGUUUUAACAAAUUAUUUAUUAUUUUUUUUUUAACAUUAAAACAAAAAGUUAUAAAAAAUUUUUAAAAAUUAAAAAAAGGAAUUUUUUUUAAAUUAUUAGUUUUAUGUCAAAAUUUGUUUGUGUUAUAAGUAUUAUAUUUUUUAAAAAAAUGGCAGCACUUAUACACUUAAAACAAAAUUUUUAUUAAAAAACAUUAAAAAAACAAAACAAAAAAAAACUUUCAUGAAACGAUAUGAAGUAUUUGCCAAGAUCUCCAACUCAUAAAAAUGUGAUACUGAUUAAGUUGCUUAGGUUAAGAAAUCAAAUACAAAAUAAUUAUUAAUUAAAAAAACAAACAAACAAAUAAAAAUAAAAAAUACACAACAAAUAACAAAUUCAAAACACAUCCAUUUUAAAUUUUAAGUAAAAAAAACAAAAUUCAAAAUUACAAAAUUUUUAUAAAAAAAAAUAAAACAAACAACUCAAGGCUGCAUUACUGGCUUAAUGUUUAGGACCUUAAUAAAAUUAUAAAAUAAUCAAUUAACAAUUGUGAACUUUUUUAAAAAAACCAAAACAAAUAUUUAAAAAAACAACAAAAACAAAUAAAGAAAACUGCGAUAUAUGAAAACGUCUUGAUAUCAAAUUUCAAAUUUAAUAUAAAAAAACACAAAGAAAAAGAAAUUAUAAAUUUUUUUAUCAUUUGAAAAAAAAACAAAAACAAAUUCAAAAAAAGAAAGAAUAAAUAA